AUGGACCAGUCCCCUCUGGCCUUCUCUGCAGACGAUUCCUGGGACUUCAAGCAAUCCACACGCAACAUCUCUCCUACCAUCAACCAGGCCAACAUCGUGGACUUGCACCCCGCAUCCGUGUACAGCAUCCGCAUGUAUUCCUUCAACAAAAUUGGUCGCAGCGAACCCAGCAAGGAGCUCACCGUCAGCACGGAGGAAGCCGCUCCUGAUGGGCCCCCCAUGGACGUCACUUUGCAGCCCGUGACCUCACAGAGCAUCCAAGUGACCUGGAAGGCCCCCAAGAAGGAGCUGCAGAACGGUGUCAUCCGUGGCUACCAGAUUGGCUACCGUGAGAACAGCCCCGGCAGCAACGGGCAGUACAGCAUCGUGGAGAUGAAGGCCACAGGGGACAGUGAAGUCUACACCCUGGACAACCUCAAGAAGUUCGCCCAGUACGGGGUGGUGGUCCAAGCCUUCAACCGGGCCGGCACAGGGCCCUCCUCCAGUGAGAUCAAUGCCACCACUCUGGAGGAUGUGCCCAGCCAACCCCCCGAGAACGUGCGGGCCCUGUCCAUCACUUCAGAUGUGGCCGUCAUCUCCUGGUCGGAGCCCCCUCGCAGCACCCUCAAUGGUGUCCUCAAAGGCUAUCGGGUCAUCUUCUGGUCACUCUACAUGGAUGGGGAGUGGGGCGAGAUGCAGAACAUCACCACCACACGGGAGCGGGUGGAGCUGCGCGGCAUGGAGAAGUUCACCAACUACAGCGUCCAGGUGUUGGCCUACACGCAGGCCGGGGACGGCGUGCGCAGCACUGUGCUCUACAUCCAGACCAAGGAGGAUGUUCCAGGCCCCCCUGCUGGCAUCAAGGCAGUCCCUUCAUCAGCCAGCAGCGUGGUCGUGUCUUGGCUCCCCCCAGCCAAGCCCAAUGGGGUCAUCCGCAAGUACACCAUCUUCUGCUCCAGCCCCGGGUCUGCCCAGCCGGCCCCCAGUGAAUAUGAGACGAACCCGGAGCAGCUGUCCUACCGUAUCGCCCACCUCAACCGGGGGCAGCAGUACCUGCUGUGGGUGGCCGCAGUCACCUCCGCCGGCCGGGGCAACAGCAGCGAAAAGGUCACCAUCGAGCCUGCGGGCAAGGCCCCAGCCAAGAUCAUCUCCUUUGGGGGCACUGUGACAACACCCUGGAUGAAAGACGUGCGACUGCCCUGCCAUCCAGUGGGAGACCCAGCCCCCGCUGUAAAGUGGACCAAGGAUAGUGAGGACUCGGCCAUCCCUGUGUCCAUGGACGGGCACCGGCUUAUCCACACCAAUGGCACGCUGCUGCUACGUGCUGUGAAGGCCGAGGACUCUGGCUACUACACCUGCACGGCUACCAACACAGGUGGCUUUGACACCAUCAUUGUCAACCUCCUGGUUCAAGUUCCUCCCGACCAGCCCCGCCUCACGGUCUCCAAGACCUCCGCAUCCUCCAUCACCCUGACCUGGAUUCCUGGAGACAAUGGAGGCAGCUCCAUCCGAGGCUUUGUGCUGCAGUACUCGGUAGACAACAGCGAGGAGUGGAAGGACGUGUUCAUCAGCUCCAGCGAGCGCUCCUUCAAGCUCGACAGCCUCAAGUGUGGCACGUGGUACAAGGUGAAGCUGGCGGCCAAGAACAGCGUGGGCUCGGGGCGCAUCAGCGAGAUCAUCGAGGCCAAGACCCACGGGCGAGAGCCCUCCUUCAGCAAAGACCAGCACCUCUUCACCCACAUCAACUCCACACACGCCAGGCUUAACCUGCAGGGCUGGAACAACGGGGGCUGCCCCAUCACGGCCAUCCUGCUGGAGUACCGGCCCAAGGGGACCUGGGCCUGGCAGGGGCUGCGGGCCAACAGCUCGGUGGAGGUGUUUCUGACCGAGCUGCGGGAGGCCACGUGGUACGAGCUGCGCAUGCGGGCUUGUAACAGUGCGGGCUGCGGCAACGAGACGGCCCAGUUCGCCACGCUGGAUUACGAUGGCAGCACGAUCCCUCCCAUCAAGUCUGCGCAGGGGGAGGGGGACGACGUGAAGAAGCUGUUCUCCAUCGGCUGCCCGGUCAUCCUGGCCACCCUGGGCGUGGCGCUGCUGCUCGUUGUCCGCAAGAAGAGGAAGGAGAAGCGGCUGAAACGGCUCCGAGAUGCAAAGAGUCUGGCAGAGAUGUUGAUAAGCAAGAACAACCGAAGCUUCGACACCCCUGUGAAGGGGCCCCCCCAAGGCCCUCGCCUGCACAUCGACAUCCCCAGAGUCCAGCUGCUCAUCGAGGACAAGGAGGGCAUCAAGCAGCUGGGAGAUGACAAGGCCACCAUCCCCGUGACGGAUGCCGAGUUCAGCCAAGCUGUCAACCCCCAGAGCUUCUGCACUGGCGUCUCUCUGCACCACCCAGCUCUCAUCCAGAGCACAGGCCCGCUCAUCGACAUGUCCGACAUCCGGCCGGGGACCAACCCAGUGUCUAGAAAGAACGUGAAGUCAGCUCACAGCACCCGGAACCGGUACUCAAGCCAGUGGACCCUUACCAAGUGCCAGGCCUCCACGCCCGCCCGCACCCUCACCUCGGACUGGCGCACCGUUGGCUCCCAGCAUGGGGUCACGGUCACUGAGAGCGACAGUUAUAGUGCCAGUCUCUCGCAAGACACGGACAAAGGCCGCAACAGCAUGGUGUCCACAGAGAGCGCCUCCUCCACCUACGAAGAGCUGGCCCGCGCCUACGAGCACGCCAAACUGGAGGAGCAGCUGCAGCACGCCAAGUUCGAGAUCACCGAGUGCUUCAUCUCAGACAGUUCCUCGGACCAGAUGACCACGGGCACCAACGAGAACGCCGACAGCAUGACGUCCAUGAGCACGCCCUCGGAGCCCGGCAUCUGCCGCUUCACCGCCUCCCCGCCCAAGCCCCAGGACGCCGACCGCGGCAAGAAUGUGGCGGUGCCCAUCCCUCAUCGGGCCAACAAGAGUGACUACUGCAACCUGCCGCUGUACGCCAAGUCGGAGGCCUUCUUCCGCAAGUCCGAGGGCCGAGAGCCCUGCCCUGUGGUCCCGCCCCGAGAGGCCUCCAUCCGGAACGUGGCGCGAACCUACCACCCGCAGGCUCGCCAUCUGACCCUGGACCCUGCCAGCAAGCCCUUGGGCCUCCCGCACCCCGGGGCCCCCACCGGAGCCUCCACAGCCACCUUACCUCAGAGGACUCUGGCCAUGCCAGCCCCGCCAGCCGGCACAGCCCCCCCAGCACCUGGCCUCACUCCCUCUGAGCCCCAGACUGCCCCCAGUACCGCCCCUCCGGCCCCCAGCACUGAGCCUCCGCGGGCAGGGGGCCCACACACCAAAAUGGGAGGUUCGAGGGACUCGCUUCUGGAGAUGAGCACGUCGGGGGUGGGAAGGUCUCAGAAGCAGGGGGCUGGGGCCUAUUCCAAGUCCUACACCCUGGUGUAGGGGCACCUCGGGCCUCCCGCUCCCCCUGGGCCGUCCCCCCACGCUGCUCCUGUCAGACAGACAGACACAAACCAACGGCAGCGAGAGACGCCCCUCCCAAGUCAUGAACGCCUGUACAUAGAACUCUUUUGUACAAAUGACACUAUUUUCUUCUCCAUGAAGCCAGGGCACAAAGAAUUUGACCGUACAAGUCCACCCUACCACCAUCCCCCACCGCUGCCCCACCACCACCCACAAAAUGCGUGUGGAGACAUAUAUACGUAUAUAGAGAGGCAGGGCCACCCACGAGCUAUAUAUCUAUAUAUCUCUCUCACCCGCGUCUAAGGAAGAGCCACAGAGACCCAGCAGCUCUGCCCCCGCGGCCCCCUCGCCGUCCACCUCGGCGGUUUUGACAAAGACCGAGGUCCCAACUCAGAGACAACUGCAUGCGAUUUUACUGUCCAAGAAAAGCGGGAGCUGCUUCGAUUUGCAAAUGCUUAUGUGUUAAUACCUUUUUCUAUGAAAAAAGACCGUGUGCAAUAAAGGCUAUGUUUCUA